UGAGGUGCCACGAGCAGAGAAAGGCUUGCCCAGCUCCUUGGCAGAUCCCUCCUGGGUUGGGCUUUAUUCCCUUCCCUUCAUGAGCUUUGCCCUUCCUCUUGGUCCCACUGUGCAUCCACUGGGACCAUUUGUUUUGUCAUUCCCCAGCUGGUGUAGCCGAAGAUGCUAAUGGCCCAGGCUCCCUGGGACCAUCAUCACCCCACUAUGCGUGGUAGUGAUGAGACACCAGUGGCCUGGGCUGGCCCAUGGUGGAAUUUGAGUGCUCAACCAGGACAGGAAGGGAAAUCUCCUCCCUUUUCCAUGGCCAGCUGCCUCGAUUUCCUCCCUCAUUCCCCCAGCCUUCCCCUGGCUUCCUGCAUCCUUUGGCCUGCCCAUGUCCGGUUUGGAUUGAUCCAGACCUUCUCUUAUCUCCCUCCUUUUCUUCCUCCUGCAUCCUUUCCUCCCAGCUCCCACCACUUCCUCCCCUCUCCACUGGUUGGUUGGUUAGGGUAGGGGAGAGGGGCAGGAGAGCUCUACCCUCUUAUCCUGGCUCGGAGUUCUGGGUUGGGGCGGUGGCAGGAGGGGCUGGAGGGGGGAGCUCAGCCCCUUGGAGCCUGUGAGUCAGCACUGCUCUCAGGAUUGGUCUGGCCGCUCAGCUCCACGCCCUUGGGGAGGAGCCAGGCAGCCCUGGGUCCAGCCAGGUCCUUCUCUGCCAGAGAAGAGGCUCCACGCUGGGCUGGGCGGGGAUGGGGCCCGAAACUGUCCAGGGCUGAGCUGGGGGAGCAGAAACUACUUGUCCCUCUCCCUCCCCAGGACCCCCUGUCGCUCCUGGGCCACCGAGGUCCCUUGGGCUAAAGGCUUGGGGAUGCCCCCUGCCUGGCCCCCUUGCCCCAGCUGGCAGGGGGGCCGGGCCGGGCAGCAGCCCUGCUCUUAUCCCAGCCAUGGAUCUCUUGCCCCCCAAGCCCAAGUACAACCCACUUCGGAAUGAGUCUGUGUCCUCGCUGGAAGAGGGGGCUUCAGGGUCGACGCCUCCGGAGGAGCUGCCAUCCCCCUCUGCCUCCUCCCUGGGGCCCAUCUUGCCUCCCCUGCCCGGUGACGACAGCCCCACCACCCUGUGCUCCUUCUUUCCCCGGAUGAGCACCCUGAAGCUGGCCAACCCAGUUGGGGGACGCCUGGGAUCCAAAGGGGAGCCAGGCAGGGCGGCAGCUGAGGACAGGGAGGGGCUUGCAGGGGCAGCCAUGCCGGACUCAGGCCCCCUGCCCCUCCUCCAGGACAUGAACAAGCUGAGUGGAGGCGGCGGGCGCAGAACUCGGGUGGAAGGGGGCCAGCUGGGGGGCGAGGAGUGGACCCGCCACGGGAGCUUUGUCAAUAAGCCCACGCGGGGCUGGCUGCAUCCCAACGACAAAGUCAUGGGACCUGGGGUUUCCUACCUGGUUCGGUACAUGGGUUGUGUGGAGGUCCUGCAGUCCAUGCGUGCUCUGGACUUCAACACCCGGACCCAGGUCACCAGGGAAGCCAUCAGUCUGGUGUGUGAGGCUGUGCCAGGUGCUAAGGGAGCCACCCGGAGGAGGAAGCCCUGUGGUCGCCCACUCAGUUCCAUCCUGGGCAGGAGUAACCUGAAAUUUGCCGGAAUGCCAAUCACCCUCACUGUCUCUACCAGCAGCCUCAACCUCAUGGCCGCCGACUGCAAACAGAUCAUUGCCAACCAUCACAUGCAAUCUAUCUCAUUUGCAUCUGGCGGGGAUCCGGACACAGCCGAGUAUGUCGCCUAUGUUGCCAAAGACCCUGUGAAUCAGAGAGCCUGUCACAUCCUGGAGUGUCCUGAAGGGCUUGCCCAGGAUGUCAUCAGCACCAUUGGCCAGGCCUUCGAGUUACGCUUCAAACAAUACCUCAGGAACCCACCCAAGCUGGUCACCCCCCAUGACAGAAUGGCUGGCUUUGAUGGAUCGGCUUGGGAUGAAGAGGAGGAAGAGCUCCCUGACCAUCAGUACUAUAAUGACUUCCCGGGGAAAGAACCCCCUCUUGGGGGGGUGGUAGACAUGAGGCUUCGAGAUGGAGCCGUCCCCGGGGCUGCCCGACCCACCCCACCCAAUGCCCAGACCCCCAGCCACUUGGGAGCCACUCUGCCUGUAGGGCAGCCUGUCGGAGGAGAGCCGGAAGGCCGCAAACAGAUGCCGCCUCAACCAGCUUGCCCAGGUAGAGAGCUCUUUGAUGAUCCCUCCUAUGUCAACGUCCAGAACCUAGACAAGGCCCGGCAAGCAGCAGGAGGGGCUGUGCCCCCCAACACCACCACCAAUGGCAGUGCACCCCGAGACCUGUUUGACAUGAAGCCCUUUGAAGAUGCACUUCGGGUACCUCCGCCUCCCCAGUCACUGUCCAUGGCUGAGCAGCUGCAACGAGAGCCCUGGUUCCAUGGCAAGCUGAACCGGCGGGAGGCCGAGGCGCUGCUGCAGCUCAAUGGGGACUUCCUGGUGCGGGAGAGCACUACCACUCCUGGCCAGUAUGUGCUGACUGGCCUACAGAGUGGGCAGCCCAAGCACCUGCUGCUGGUGGACCCUGAGGGUGUGGUUCGGACGAAGGACCACCGCUUUGAGAGCGUCAGUCACCUCAUCAGCUACCACAUGGACAAUCACUUGCCCAUCAUCUCUGCAGGCAGCGAACUGUGUCUUCAGCAGCCAGUGGAGCGGAAACCAUGACCUGGCACCCCACCUCACCCCGGGGCUGUCUUGCAAAAGAUGCCCUCAGGCUCCUCCCGUCCUAGACCCUCAUUCUCAGGACCUGGAGUGGAAGCUGCGAGUCGUGUGGACCCUGGGGUUAGCGUUCAGCUGAGAGUGGGCAGGAGGAUUUGAGUCAGGAGCCUGGGGUAGAAUCCUGCUUCUCCCCAAACCUCACCAAAGUAUUAAUGUGCAGAGUGGCCCCCCUACCUGGGCCUUGCCUGUGCCAACCUGAUGCCCCCUGCCGUCAAGAAGGGAGGCACGCAUAACGGAAGUGUCCCCAAUGAUAGGCCCAGUGGAGCAAUUGCCCUUUUGGGGAAGGGGGAACAUCACACCUCGGGUCUACUACCCCCUGGGCUUCAGGGGACCAUAGACCACCCUCAGCAACCUCCCUCCCCCACCCCAAUGUUUCAACUUUGUGCCUUUGACCAUCUCCUAGGUCUGAAGAUAUUUUAUGCAAAGAGUUCAAGGACAGGGGUGCUGACAUCUGCUGGGGCCCUGUCCUGGCUCAGCACUUACUCCAGUUUGGCUUGGGAGAACAGGGCAGCAGUGGCAGCUGCCUACUGUCCCUGGGGGUGUAUGCAACCCCAUAAGACUGCCCCAGAGCCCCCCUCCCGGCCAGAGGGGAGAUGGACCCCCUCCCUUGCUCAGUGCCUCCUGGCCAGGACCCCCUCUCCCCAAGGGGUCUGUAUAUACAUUUCGGAAGUCCUGCCCUGCCCCGCCCCGCCCCUCCCAUGUUGCAUGCCUAUUAUUCUCUACAGCCAAAGUGUAGCCCUUCUUCAAGAAGCCCAGCCCUGCCUCUCCCUCCUGGGGUGUGAACUGGAGCCUCCAGUACAGUUAACCCUCCCCAGAGGAUUCUGUGGAGGCGCGGGAACAAGGGCCUUGAGAGGAAAGCAUCAGACAAUCUCCAAGUUGCCAUCUGUCGAUUUGGACCCGUGCUCAUUUUUCACUCGGUGUGCACAGAUUUUUAUGGCUGUAGGUUUACUUUCUUAGUUUUGUUUUCCAUGGCUUUGUUCUUGAGCACAAAAACGAUGACGAUCAAUUACAUUUACACAUCACCUCUCCGACUCUUUCACGGCCUCUUACCAUCAUUUUCCUCAGCUGGGCCUAAGAACUAACUAGGACCACUGGUAACAUUAUCUUGUUUUAUUUUUUGUUUUGUUUUAAUGAAAGAGACCUGAGGCAGAAAUGGCUUUCCAGCUGACUAGGAAAGUUUUGGAUCUCUUGCCCUCAGCCUGGGGGACAGGAGUUUGGCCUAGACUGUUGACUGUUGGUUUCACAAAGGGGAAACUUAAAACCUGCAGGUGCACCCCGCCUCCCCUACCAUCUAAGGAGGGGCCCUGUGCUACCUGUGGCUAGUCCUGCUGCCUACUAAGGGAGGGGGUGACAGUUUUGAUCCCAGCCACCUCCUGUUGUCGCGUUUGGACGUUCUCACGGGUCUCACUUAUACCAAAGGGAAAUAAUCUUCAUUAAAGUCCAUAUUUCUUCUA